AUGGGCGCGAAAGAUGACGAUAAGACGCGGUUCAUGGCGGUGUUCAGGGAACUCGCGGAUGGGUUGGUGCGGGACGAGAUCGACGAUCGGCAGGUGAAGAUCGCGGUGGAGUGGAUAAAGCGGAUGAUUGAUUACAACGUGCCGCACGGGAAGUUGAACCGCGGACUCGCGGUCGUGGACGGCGUGCGAGCGCUGAAGGCGGCGAAGAAUGAAACGGUCGACGAAGAGGAGCUGAAACGGGCGAUGGUGGUUGGAUGGUGCAUCGAGUUUUUGCAGGCGUACUUCUUGGUUGCGGACGACAUCAUGGACGAGAGCGUGACGAGAAGAGGGCAGCCGUGCUGGUACAGGCAGCCGGACGUGAAGAUGACGGCGAUUAAUGACGGUAUCUUAUUGGAGAUGAUGCUGUAUAAGUGCUUGAAGAAGUACUGCAAGGGAUUGGAGUGUUACGCGGAUCUCGUGGAGCUGUUCCACGACGUGACGUACCAAACGGCGAGCGGGCAGUUGAUUGAUUUAAUCACCGCCCCGAUCGGGGUUGUGGAUCUCAGUAAGUACACCAUGGAGGCGUACAUGCGCAUUGUGACGUAUAAGACGGCUUUCUACACCUUUUACCUUCCGGCGGCGUGCGCCAUGCGAUUGUGCGGCGUCAAGGAUGAGGCGGCGUACGAAAAGGCGAAUGAAAUUUGCAUCAAGCUCGGGCAGUUUUUCCAAAUCCAAGACGAUUAUUUAGACUGCUACGGUGAUCCCGAGGUCAUUGGUAAGAUCGGGACAGAUAUUCAAGACAACAAGUGCGGCUGGCUCGUCGUUCAAGCGUUGCUCAAGUGCACCGACGAACAGCGCAAAAUCAUCGAGGAAAACUACGGAAGAGCCGACGCAGAGUGCGAAAAGAAAAUUAAGGCGCUCUACGUGGAUCUCGACUUAGAGGCGACGUACAAAAAGUACGAGGAAGAGUCCUACGCCGACCUUCGAUCGAUCAUGGAGUCGCAGAAGGUUUUGCCGGAGGGUUUGUUUGGCGCGAUGUUGGCGAAAAUUUACAAGCGUCAAAAGUAG